UCGUAAAGAACCGGGAGCAACGUUAACGGAGAGAAAAGUUAAACUAGUUUAAGCGAUUUUUCAAGCGAUCGUUGGGUAUAAAUGUGAUAUUGGAUGCUGGACUAUUCGUCAUUAACAGUCGGGCGGUUGGAUCGCUCGGUCGUAGAAACAGUGUUGUUCGGAGAGCCGAUGGUUUUCGUUCAUUUUGGAUAUUACCGACGUCACCAGAUUCACCGAUAAUUAAGAAAGGAGGUCAGGAGGCCAAGGCUCAUUGUUACAGGAUCGUAGGCGGGGAGAAAUCAACGAUGGAGUUGCUGAUUCUCUUGCUGCUGACCCCAUCGCUGAUCCCAGCGCACAGGUACAGGUCCAAUUCCCAAGGAGUCUCGAGCACAAACGACGAGCCCUUCCUGCCCAUCUACCCGGUCUAUCCCUACAGUCCGAAGUUGAUAAAAAGAGGGACGGAACGUGAUUUGGUUGCGCCGUUGACAGCGGAGCUGUACGCUCCUAAGCUCGACGCCCGAGACUCGUACACUGCCAGUUUCAGUGGCAACUACCAGAGGGACCCUUACUACCCGAGUUACAAUCCGUACCCGAAGGCUUCUGGAAGCAGCAACUAUCCGGUGAGCAGCUCACUUGCCAGUGCAGGCUUCACCCCGACGAGCACGUACCCCGCGUCGACGUCAUUCGCUUCCCCGGGGGUUUUCACGGCUCCGAAUGCCGGCUACGCGAGUCCGAAUGCCGCAGCGUACAGCGGCAGUUCCUACACGCCGUACACCGCUGGAUACUCGUCCCCUUAUCCGUAUUCCCCAGGUCCUUACGGAAUGUACAGUUCCUACUCGCCGGCUUACAGCUCGCCACCGAGUCCGUACACAACGGGUCCGUACGGCGCAGGCUCCUAUCCCAACUACAACUACCAGGGGCCGUACUUUUAUCCGAAUUACUACAACCAACCUUAUCCUGCUCUGCCACCGCCUCCGCCCCCGCAUCCGGGUCACGAGUAUUCGGAAUCAGGAGGUUCCGAGGACUCCGGCGAGGUUGAAAGCACGGGGAAAUCGAACGCCGGAUCAAAGAAGUCCGAAGGGAAGAAGAGCCGUUCGAAGGAGGAUUCGGAGAGCAGCGAUCCUAGGGAGGGUCAGUUCGUCGAUGGCGCCAACUUCCUCUCGUCAGGAAGCAAAGACCUGGACGGCCAGCCGACCACUUACAAGUCGCCGAGUCCGUACAACCAGCUGGCCCAGUUGUCGGAUGUCCAUCUCCGGAGCGUUCCCAUCCCCAGGACGACCUACCGGGUCAUCAGCGUCGGUGGCCAGCCGGUCGGCCCGGAUUAUCCGUUGCCCCAGAGCUACGCCAAAGUCCAGCAGCUGGAGCAGAUAAUGAGCCAAACCCUGGCGAAGCUUUUGGCCCAAAACAAUGGGAACCAACCUGGACAGAGUCAAUUCCAGUAUCAGACCCACGAACAAUCGGACAAUUCCGGCUCGAUCACCGGCCAAAAUUUGGCCAACAAAUCCCCGCAGUCCGUAAUAGCCAAAACUGGCUUAGCUUACGUCAUCGAUCCAACCAGCCUGCAGAAAAACAACGGCCAAGGGCAGUUCGUCAGCAACUACGACGCCCGGAAUCCCGUCAUCAUCAAAGUCCAAGAUCCAAACAUCCAGCCAAGCUCUACGGUCCUGUCCAAGGCAGCUGCCAAAUACGCCGACGGACGUUUCCCUCAGAAAUCAAUAGCGACCGUGUCCCUCCAACAAACACCGGGCGUCUACAUUCCUCCAGAGGCCAAAGACAUCAAGGACGAGAACCCCCAAGCCACGGAGUACAACGACUACGAUUCAAACGCCGGCCAAACCUACGACGCUUCCAAUUCCCCUUACAAAAAGACCGAACAAAACUACUCGGUCGACCAGCCCGGUCAGCCAGCUCCUUAUCACAAUUCCAACUUAGUCACAGUCCAAACUCCUCAACCACAAAACUACCAGUACUCGAGUUAUCUUUCGACCCAAUCCAGUCAGCAGCAACAGCCGAGGGACUACAAAACCAGUCUCGACGACGUCAACUUCAGUACCAAGAGAAAUACGAAGGUCUAGAGCUUGCCACCAUUUCCUCGAGGAUGUCCGUUGACAAAAAAACAUCUUUGAGGCCAAGUGAUCGUUUCACAUCGAGAUUAAGCAGGAUUCGAUCUGGUGCUCCGCAAUGUACAGUCGUUGUUUAGCUUUUUAGUUAUGUAAACCACAUGAGAGGCUGAUAUAUUUAACUCGCUUUUUUACUAUUAUUAUUUUUCGUUUCUCUACCUUCUUCUACUUCUUAGUCCUUAAUUAUCCUUGUUGACAUCUUGUUAGGCAUUUUAUGUGUACGAUGUGUUCGCGAAGCUCGUUUCCGUCACGAGCGCGACAAAAUAAAGGGGCCAGAUAAACUUUUUACCCGGA